UUUCAGAAAUUUAGUAUCAAUAGUGUCUCGGUGUUCGCUGUCCAGUGUAAAUUUGUACAAUAUUGUAUUUUGUUUAUUCUAGUUUUUCGGUAUAACAGUAAAUAAUAACUUUUAUAACUACUACAAUUAAAAAUAAUAUAUUAACAACCAAGUACUAGUUCGUUUAUCAACAAAAUGAUGUCAUUUAAAAAAGGAAAUUUUCGCAUUGGAGAAGCUGAAUUAAAAUGUAAAAAAGCAAAUGGAUGUGAUUAUUACGGUAAUCCACAAUGGGAUGGCUUUUGUUCAAAAUGUUAUAAAGAUAUACAAAAACAUAGGCGGAUGAAUGCUUCUCCUAAAAAAGUACCAAUUAACAAGAGUAGUACAAAACAAGAUUUAAAAAAAGUUGGUUUAACUGAAAAAAAAUCUAAAUUGUCAUACUUGAAAAUGUUUAAUACUAUUAAAUCCAAAGAUGAAAUAUCUGAAAAAUCUAAAAAAGAUUAUGAUCCACUUAUUGCAAAGAAAUUGGAUCAAGUAGAUGCAGAAUAUUUAUCUAUUUUGUCUGAAACAAAAUCCUUGCGCACCGAAUUAAAAAAACAAAUUCGCAAUUUUUGUCAAAUGAUGAUGAUGUCACAUUUACAAAGCCCUGUUGAUAUUCAGUCUGAACACACUCAACAUUUCUAUCAAAAUAUUCUGGAUAUGUUGAAUAAUAAUUAUUCUUAUGAUGAAUUGAGUCAUGAAAAGAAAGAAAAAAUUUUGGAUUAUACAGAAAAAUACUCUAUGAUAAAAUUAUACAAGUUUUUGUUCUGUAUGACUUUAGCUGAUGAAGAGGAAGAUUUAGCUAUACAGAAACGGAUCCGUCAGUUAAAUUGGGUGAAUGCUAAACAUUUAGACUGUGAUAUUGACAAGACUAAUGCUCAAAUUAUUGAAUUAGUAUAUAAAGCAAUUCUAGAAUUAUUAGAUAUGGAUUCAGCUACAGCACCACAAGACAAACUGGCAUGUGUUGUUAGAUGUUGUCGACAUAUAUUUGGAGUCUUGCAAGGUGGAAACAAUGGAAUGAAAGGACCAGCAUCUGCUGAUGAUUUCUUACCUGUCCUCAUAUUUGUGGUUCUCAAAGCAAAUCCUGUAAGACUUAAGUCUAAUUUGCAUUAUGUGACUAGAUUUUGUAAUGCUUCAAGGCUGAUGUCUGGAGAAGCUGGAUAUUAUUUUACCAACCUGUGUUGUGCAGUAUCAUUUAUUGAAAAUAUUAAUGCAGAACUUCUUAGUAUGAAUACUGAAGAAUUUGAGCAGUACAUGAAUGGAACAUUAGUAUCUGAUACCUGGGAUUCUGCGUUAAUUAUAUGCGAAGGAAUGCAUCAAAUGUUUGAACAGUUAGCAUUAUUAGCAGAUUUAAAAAGAAGAAAUAUAAUGAUUGUUGAUGAUGCAUUAAAACUUAAGAACGAAAUGUCUAAUUUUAAGGAUAAUUUUAUGGACCAAUUUGCAGUAUUAAAAGAAGUAUAUACUAUUAUUGAUGAUUGUGAUGAAUCAAAUAAAAACAUUGCUGUUAGUAUUGAUGAUUAUGACCCUAUUUGUUCCAGUUUAUCCCCAUGGACUAUGACACCACAGGUUAUUCAACCUGCAGAAAGAACUCGUACAAGUUCUUCUUGUACAGAUGUCGAUUCUUGGGACAUCCAUUCUGCUGAAACAGUAUCAUUGCAUUCGUUAGAUGCUUGUUUUAAUAUGCCACAGGAAAAUAAUGAAAUUGCUGGAAGUAGUUUAGAACCUACAAUAAACGUACAACCACAGUUAGAUGAAAUUCAGGAAAUAUCUAUACAAGGAUGGCAAAUACCUAGUAUACCAUGUGAAACUGGAGGAAAAGAAAUUACUAAUUCUAAAAUGAAUACGCAAUAAGUAUAAUUAUUGUAUUAAAUUUUUAAUAUAAAAUGUUGUUAAUAAUAUAUAUAUAUA